AUAAUAUAGUUGGGAUAUGGAUUAGUAAAGAUUCAAAUGAUACAUGUGAUGAGGUCGGCUCACAUAAUUAUAAUUAAGAAGGGGUUUGACCUUGUGAGCAAAUUGGGUUUUUAUUUAGCUGCUGACUUAUCUCAUUUUGGCAGCUCUCUUAUUAAAUUAAUUUCUUCCUUAAUUUUUAAUCAAUUAAAGGAGGGGAGCUAAGCUAUUGGCGUCUGAUAUUGAACAACAAAAGAGCCUAUCAAACACCACAUGCUUGCAUCAAUAUCAUCCCUAGCUCUUACCCAAUCCUGGUUAACUAACUUUAUUUGUCGCAGUUUGGUUCAUCAUAUCUUAGUUAUUUAUCUUUUGUCUGUAAACAUCGGGGCAUAUAUGCUCAUGCAAAUGGAAGAAAGCAACAACUCAGGCGUGGUGGAUUUCCCUGAAAACUUUAUGGACCAACUCUUGAGGGAGGAGUGCAGGGGAGAAGAGGAGGAGGUAUCGUUAUGGUCAUCAUUAGGGUUGAAGGAGAGAGUUACUUGCGCCAUGGGGCACCUGCAAGAGGUGAUGGGAGGAGAGAAGGAGUUGCUGAUUCAGCUGUGGGUUCCUGUGGAGAGAGGGAUGAGAAGAGUGCUAAGCACGGAAGAACAGCCUUACUCGCUCAACCUCUUCUCCCAGAGCCAGAGCUUGGCCCUCUACCGAGACAUCUCAGCAGGCUACAGCUUUGCAGCAGAGGUUGGGUCUGACCAGCUGGUGGGACUCCCUGGGCGAGUGUUCCUGAAUAGGAUGCCUGAGUGGACUCCAGAUGUUCGCUUCUUCAGGAGUGAGGAGUACCUUCGCAUCGGAUACGCCCACAGGUGCCAGGUUCGAGCUUCCCUCGCUCUUCCACUCUUCCAAGGGCCUUCUGGAACCUGCAUGGGGGUGUUGGAGAUGAUCACCACUCACCCCAGCUUGGAGUAUGGCUCCCAACUUCACACCAUCCACCAUGCCCUUCAGGCCUUUGAUCUCCGGAGUUCAGAAACCUCCAUCGUCCCAACCUCUCUCAAGCCCCACACCGACGACGACCUUCACCGAGAGGUGGCCUCGAUUCUCAAAGGCAUCUGCAUCUCAUACGGACUCCCGCUAGCUAUUACGUGGGGACACCAACAAGACUCGUGCCUUUCUGCUAUAGUCUCUGCCAGUUACGCCUCUGACCAGAACAGCCGCAGCUUCCUGGACGCCUGCUCGGAGCACCAUCUUGUUGCCAAGGAAGGAAUCGCUGGAAGAGCCUUUGCCACCAAGAAACAGUAUUUCGCAAAAGAUGUGGCAAUCCUCAGCUACCCUCUCUCCCACUACGCCAAGAUGUUCGACCUCCACGCUGCUCUUGCUAUUCCUCUCCUGACCAGAUACAGCCGCAACGUCCAAUUUGUUCUCGAGUUCUUCUUCCCCAGAGACUACUACUGUCUUAUUAAUCAGAGGCCGAUCCUCCUCGCCUCCCAACUCAGCCUACGCUUCCAGAGCUCACCUCAUCUGAUGGUAGACGACGACCAGCUUAAGCUCGCAGAGUGCAUGUCACGCAAGGGUAAGGGAAAAGAUGUGUCUGUCUCUUGGGAGAUGAGAGAACCUUCUUCUUUCUCUUCUUCUUCUUCUUCUUGUUUGGAAAGCAGAAAGCGGAAAAGAAGGGAUGAGAAGGAUAUCACUUUGGAUAUUCUCAGGCAACACUUUGCUGGCAGCCUCAAGGACGCCGCUAAAAACAUUGGUGUAUGUCCGACGACCUUGAAGAGGAUCUGCAGACAACACGGAAUCUCAAGGUGGCCAUCGAGGAAGAUCAAGAAAGUGGGACACUCUCUUCGGAAACUGCAGGUGGUGAUGGACUCUGUUGAAGGAGUUCAAGGCUCUCACCAUCUUGCCUCCUUCUACUCAAGCUUCCCUCAACUUCAGUCUCCUUUGCAGCUUGAUCCUACCAAAACUGUCGCAAAGUCACCGCCGCCUUCUUCUUCUUCUUCAUCAGGUUCAAGCACAUGUUGCUCCUCCGAAGAGAAAGACAAACAACUAGGUGGUGGCUUCCACAAACCAUCAUCUCAAGUACUUCUUACCUUAGGCAGCAGCCUGAUGAAGGAUGAGCAGAGGCCCGUACGUGCCACGUCAUCCCUACCCCCAUUGCCAUCCGCAAGGAAAGCAAAGGACGCUGGAAUGAAAGUGCAUGCCAUGUUUGGUGACUCCAAGAUGAGAAUGAGGCUGAAACACCACUGGGGAAUCGCAGACCUCAGAAGAGAGAUCGCAAAAGGGUUUGGGAUGGAUGAUGAUGCUUUGACAAGUAACUUCACUCUCAAGUAUAUGGAUGAUGAUGAAGAAUGGGUUCUGUUGACGUGCGACGCUGAUCUUGAGGAGUGCAUACAAAUCUACAAGUCCUCUCUUUAUAAAGAGACCGUCAGAAUAUCUGUCUCUUCCUUGCUUUGAUUUUUUUUUCUUAAGGCCAAUUCCAUCUAAUUACAUUGGCUUGGUUUGUCAAUCUUUUUUUUUUCUGUUUGAUCUGAAUGUAUUAAUUAGUUAUUGGCAUCUUGUAAUCAAUCUUCGGGGUGGCUGUUGCUCUAUAUAUAUAUAUAUACUAGCUUUAUUUGAAGGAGCUAUAUUAUGAUUUUGUGAGAAACAUGAAGUACAGAACCAUGACCUCAACAAGAACUCAUUAGAUACAAACUCUCAAAAAUGGGUAAAGAUGAUAUUGUCUUGGCCCUAGUCCAUGGUUAACUUUUAGAGGUAAGCCCAUGCAAGAUUAAUUGCCGAUUAUAACGAAAGCCAACUACAUUUGGAAGUAACACAUAUAUAUGCAUUUGAAUUGCAAGCAAAUGAAAGGCAAUGGAUUUGGGGGUGGUCCUUCCUUAGCACAAAAUAAUAUCUCGAAGCAAAAGCACGAGGACUUGAACAAGUUUUGUGAGUGGGAUGGAUCGGAUCCCCGCAACAACAUCACAAUCAUGUUGUCAUUACAAAAUUUGACAACCAAACCAAUUAGACUAACCAACACGUUAGCCAUCUUUAAGUAAAUGGACACAAGACAAGACAAGAGCUGCUUGGGGUAGGGGAGGUGUUUGUCUUCUCUUGUCUGGAGGAAAGAGCAAAAUAUAAAAGCAGUUGGGUGGCAAAAAAAAUCAGAAUAGCUUUCUUUGAAGGAGCUAAUUAGUACAUUCAGAAUAGGAGGAGGAAAGAGCAAAAUAUAAAUGAUCAUGUGUUUCGUCGCCGUUUUAGUAUUUUAAUGCUAGCAAUGCGUGCCGUUUUUGACCAUUUUUUGUCGAAAGAUGAAAAA